UAGUUUCCGGUGACCAACGGAUUUUUCUUUCUGAUUUUAGGGUUUCUCUCGUCGAAAGAAGCAAGGAAGAAUGGCGAUAGAAGCCGCCCGAGUGCCGCUGAGGCGGUGGCAACAGGCGGCGGUUGCGGUUGGAUCCGCCGUCGGUGCGUUGUUGGAUCCGAGACGGGCCGAUCUGAUCGCUGCUCUCGGGGAGACGACGGGAGAACUGGCUUUCGAGAUGGUUCUGGAGAGGAUGAAGAAGAGUCCCGAAGGAAGGGCUGUACUUUUGGAACGUCCUCGUGUUGUGUCAGCUCAAGUGGGUCAUGCUUGGGAUCUCCCGGCCAACACGUUUGGAGCUGCAUAUGCAAGAUUCAUGGGAUCAAGAAACUUCUCUCCGGAUGAUCGACCGCCCGUGAGAUUCAUGGAGACAGAGGAACUAGCAUAUGUAGCCACACGGGCACGUGAAGUGCAUGAUUUCUGGCACACCCUUUUCGAUCUGCCCACGAAUCUGAUAGGGGAAUCAGCUCUUAAGGUGAUAGAGUUUCAGCAAAUGUACCUCCCCAUGUGUAUGCUCUCAGUCAUAGGAGGCACUGUCAGGUUCAACGAGAAGCAAAGAUCACUGUUCUUGAAGCAUUAUCUUCCCUGGGCUGUCCGAGCAGGUAAGGAGUGCUCAGAUCUCAUGUGUGUGUACUACGAGCGUCACUUUCACGAGGACUUGGACGAAGUUCGUAGGAAAUGGGGAAUCAUUCCUUCACCGCGAAUUCCCAAAUGAUGAUUUCCAUUCCAGAACCAGUUCUUGUUACACUUUCAGUAACAUGUUAUGAUGUAAAUGGUCUUUUUUUUUUCUGUCUUUGUAUUCUUCCUUUAAUAUUAAAUAAAUAGAAUUCAAAACUA